AUGGCGUCACGUGGCACGCGCAACGUCAGUGCCACGAGUCGCACGUGGCGGCCAUUGUGGGCGUGCCACGUGGCGGCGAGGCUGGAGGUGGAGGGGCGGCGCGCGUGGCGGCCCUCACUUGUCCCCCGGCGGCGGCGUCACCAGCAGGGCGGCCCCGGGCCCCGCCACACACACCUCCUGCGUCGCCUUGUUCUUCUGCGGUUAAGUUACGUUCUUCGGCGGUUCUUCCGCCUCGCACUCUCCACCUGCUGGCUGCCUGUCCCCGUCCAGGGUACUGGAGAACAGUGGCCCUCAGGGCUGCCUGUCCCCGUCCAGGGCACUGGAGAACAGUGGCCCUCAGGGCUGCCUGUCCCCGUCCAGGGCACUGGUGAACAGUGGCCCUCAGGGCUGCCUGUCCCUGUGCCUGUCCCCGUCCAGGGCACUGGAGAAGAGUGGCCCUCAGGGCUGCCUGUCCCCGUCCAGGGCACUGGGGAACAGUGGCCCUCAGGGCUGACUGUCCCCGUCCAGGGUACUGGAGAACAGUGGCCCUCAGGGCUGCCUGUCCCCCAGCCUGUCCCCGUCCAGGGCACUGGGGAACAGUGGCCCUCACAGAACAGUGGCCCUCAGGGCUGUCACCGUCCAGGGCACUGGAGAACAGUGGCCCUCCCUGUCACCCUCCAGGGCACUGGAGAACAGUGGCCCUCAGGGCUGCCUGUCCCUGUCCAGGGCACUGGGGAACAGUGGCCCUCAGGGCUGCCUGUCCCCGUCCAGGGCACUGGGGAACAGUGGCUCUCACGGCUGCCUGUCCCCGUCCAGGGCACUGGAGAAGAGUGGCCCUCAGGGCUGCCUGUCCCCGUCCAGGGCACUGGAGAACAGUGGCCCUCAGGGCUGACUGUCCCCGUCCAGGGUACUGGAGAACAGUGGCCCUCAGGGCUGCCUGUCCCCGUCCAGGGCACUGGAGAACAGUGGCCCUCAGGGCUGACUGUCCCCGUCCAGGGCACUGGGGAACAGUGGCCCUCAGGGCUGCCUGUCCCCGUCCAGGGCACUGGGGAACAGUGGCCCUCAGGGCUGCCUGUCACCGUCCAGGGCACUGGGGAACAGUGGCCUUCAGGGCUGCCUGUCCCCGUCCAGGGCACUGGGGAACAGUGGCCCUCAGGGCUGCCUGUCACCGUCCAGGGCACUGGAGAACAGUGGCCCUCAGGGCUGACUGUCACCCUCCAGGGCACUGGAGAACAGUGGCCCUCAGGGCUGCCUGUCACCGUCCAGGGCACUGGAGAACAGUGGCCCUCAGGGCUGCCUGUCACCCUCCAGGGCACUGGGGAACAGUGGCCCUCAGGGCUGACUGUCCCCGUCCAGGGCACUGGAGAACAGUGGCCCUCAGGGCUGCCUGUCCCCGUCCAGGGCACUGGCGAACAGUGGCCCUCAGGGCUGCCUGUCACCGUCCAGGGCACUGGAGAACAGUGGCCCUCAGGGCUGCCUGUCACCCUCCAGGGCACUGGGGAACAGUGGCCCUCAGGGCUGCCUGUCACCCUCCAGGGCACUGGAGAACAGUGGCCCUCAGGGCUGCCUGUCACCGUCCAGGGCACUGGAGAACAGUGGCCCUCAGGGCUGCCUGUCCCCGUCCAGGGCACUGGAGAACAGUGGCCCUCAGGGCUGCCUGUCACCGUCCAGGGCACUGGGGAACAGUGGCCCUCAGGGCUGACUGUCCCCGUCCAGGGCACUGGAGAACAGUGGCCCUCAGGGCUGACUGUCCCCGUCCAGGGCACAGGGGAACAGUGGCCCUCAGGGCUGCCUGUCACCGUCCAGGGCACUGGGGAACAGUGGCCCUCAGGGCUGCCUGUCACCGUCCAGGGCACUGGAGAACAGUGGCCCUCAGGGCUGCCUGUCCCCGUCCAGGGCACUGGGGAACAGGGGCCCUCAGGGCUGCCUGUCCCCGUCCAGGGCACUGGGGAACAGGGGCCCUCAGGGCUGCCUGUCCCCGUCCAGGGCACUGGGGAACAGGGGCCCUCAGGGCUGCCUGUCCCCGUCCAGGGCACUGGGGAACAGUGGCCCUCAGGGCUGCCUGUCCCCGUCCAGGGCACUGGGGAACAGGGGCCCUCAGGGCUGCCUGUCCCCGUCCAGGGCACUGGGGAACAGGGGCCCUCAGGGCUGACUGUCCCCGUCCAGGGCACUGGGGAACAGUGGCCCUCAGGGCUGACUGUCACCGUCCAGGGCACUGGGGAACAGGGCCCCUCAGGGCUGCCUGUCCCCGUCCAGGGCACUGGGGAACAGUGGCCCUCAGGGCUGCCUGUCCCCGUCCAGGGCACUGGGGAACAGUGGCCCUCAGGGCUGCCUGUCCCCGUCCAGGGCACUGGGGAACAGUGGCCCUCAGGGCUGCCUGUCCCCGUCCAGGGCACUGGGGAACAGGGGCCCUCAGGGCUGCCUGUCCCCGUCCAGGGCACUGGGGAACAGGGCCCCUCAGGGCUGACUGUUCACCAACUAGGCCAGUAG